AUGUUUAAUCCUUUUGUCGAUGAUGCUUUCAAAAGCUCAUCGACCUCAUCAUUUUGUGACCAAAGUGAACAAAAGACAAAAACAGAGAAAUUAACAGUUUAUACAAAAAACACUUUUUCAAAUCCUGUGAAUAUGGAUAUGAUCGAUAAAUUGGAUUUAUCUGCUGUAUACGGUGGUGCGUUUCAUCAUGACGGUCCUUUUGAAGCGUGUAUGCCAUACAACAACCGAAACAGAAGAUCGGCACCGAUUGAAGCUUUCCAACCCAACGGACCCAAUAAUUCACUUAGUGGUGCCACUAUGAUUAAGUCUCCCUUAGAUGAAAUAUUUGGUAGGGAUAAUAUCAAUGACGAGGAGGAAGUAUAUGAUAAAAAUAAGGGUAGUAACGUUGUUUUUUAUGACUAUUUUGGAAGUAGAACUGUUAGUGGAACCAUUAGUGGGGGUGGUUCACUUAAUACUGACAUGACUCCUUUCGGCUCCAUUGAAGGGCAAAGCUUUUCCCACAGACCAUUAGGACCAGAAUUAGCAACAAUGACAUUUAUUGACAAUGGAUAUAAUUCGUCAUCUGAUGAUGAAUCUGAGGGUGACACAGCCACGACAACCCUUCUUGGAGACAAACAUGCAAAUAAAAGGAAAAAGGGGGCUUUUAGAGGGUUCUUUAAGGUUUUCAAAUCUUCAAGAGGAAAAUAA